GGUGGCGUUUGAGUUUAUAAAUUUGCCGUGCGGUGUCGUAGGUAAUGAAUUUGUUUUCAUUUUGAAAUAAACAUAAAGUAUCUUUUCGGAUAUCAGGUUUUCAGAAGUCAUGCUCCGAUCAGUUUUAAUCUUCAAGUUACAGUACCCUCACCAUGGUCCUUAUUUAACCUACAGAUAUUUGGUUUUAAUCCCACACAUUCACAGUCACUUACCUAGAUCAGCAUUUUCAUCUUAUUUUGUGAGGAAAUGUUUUUCUUCCGAACAAAUUAAAAAUAAUCAAUUACCAGCUGCAUUUUAUUCUUCUACAUAUUUAAAACAGUAUGAUCAUAACAUAUUCAAACCUCGCACCAAAUUAAUACGAUCUUUACAUUCAGGAAAUAUUUUAUAUGAAAAAAAAGAAUAUUCCAAGGUUGAAAAAACAGUUAAAGCUCUGAAGGAAGAAGCUGAGAAAGGAAAACAAGAUAUUAAACAGAAGGUAACGGAUCUGCAAGCUACUCCUAAACCAGUGUUAGUUGUUCCUCCUAAACGAUCUUUGUGGAAAAGAAUAUGGGAUGAGAUCCUCCAUUAUUACCAUGGAUUUAGACUUUUUUUUAUUGACGUUAAGAUAUCGUCACGGCUUGUGUGGAAAGUUCUUCAUGCAGACAAUCUUACCCGGCGAGAACAUAGACAGCUUGUCCGAACCGUGUCAGAUGUCUUCCGAAUCUUACCAUUUUCAGUAUUUAUCAUCGUCCCAUUUAUGGAGGUGUUACUACCUGUGGUGAUAAAGUUGUUUCCGGGCAUGUUACCAUCCACUUUCCAAACAUCGUCAGAGAAGGAAAUGAAAGUAAAAAAGCAACUGAAAGUGAAGUUGGAAAUGGCAAAAUUUCUUCGAGAAACUAUGGAGGAAAUGUCUGUACAAGCACGGGGAGAUAAGCAUUCCCACACUGCCAAAGAGUUUGCCCAGUUUUUUGAAAAGGUUCGACAGUCUGCAGAACAACCAACCAACGAAGAAAUCAUGAAAUUUUCUAAGCUUUUUGAAGAUGAAAUCACUCUAGAUAGCUUGUCACGUCCACAGCUUAUUGCUUUGUGUCGUCUUUUGGAACUUCAACCACUUGGCACGAAUAACUUCCUGCGUUUCCAGCUGAAGAUGAAACUGCGCACACUUCAUGCUGAUGAUCAGAUGAUUAAAAACGAAGGAAUUGGGCACCUCACAGUUCCAGAGUUACAAGCAGCUUGCCGAUCCAGAGGAAUGAGAGCUUUCGGUGUUCCAGAAGCUCGUCUGAGAUCACAACUAUCCCAGUGGCUGGAACUCAGUUUGAAUGAAAAAAUUCCUCCGUCUCUGUUGCUUUUGUCUCGUGUUCUCUAUCUUCCAGAAAGCUUACCGGCAUCUGACCAGCUGAAAGCUACUCUUUCUGCUUUACCACAAGAAGCAGCAACAGAAGCAAAAUACAAAAUAGGAGAGACAGAAGGGAAAGUUGAUAAUAAAACCAAGAUUGAAGUUAUCAGAAAAGAAGAAGUAGCUAUUAGGAAAGAAAGUGAGGAGAGAAAGAAGGAGAAAGAAAAAGAGGAGCAAGCUGCCGCUGCUGUGGCAAAAGGUACGGUGAAAGAAUUAGCUGAAGAAGGUACUCCUUACGUCGAUAGUGUGGAUGUUCAAGGUAUUCAGGGUCUACCGGAAGAAGCAGUUGUAUCGCCAAAGUUGAGCAUUAGUGACAUCUUGCAGGACUCUGCUUUACCCUUAGAAGAUAAGGCAGAUGAAUUGGAUCGUGUUGAGCAGUCUAUUAUAGAACAGUUAAAAGAGGAAGAAUUAUCAAAAGAGGAUUUUUCCAGUUUACAAGAUGCUCUGGAGAAUAUAGCAAGUGAGAAGAAAAAGCUUUUGUUGGAGAAAGAAGGACUGGAAGAGCUGAAAGAAGGAAUGGCCGAGUACAAAGAGGAUAUAGAAGAAUUUAAGGAAGCUCUCCUUGAAUCAGGAGAUUCAAAGUUGCAGGAGUCAAAAGCAGCAAAGCAUUUAUACAAUAAAGUCAACAAAAUGGUUGUGAAAAUGAGUGCAGUACUGAAUGAACUAGACAAAGAGAAAAAGGUGUUACAAGAACAGAUUGAAACCCUGGCUCAGAAGGGAGAAGAUGUUGACCUGAAAACCGAUAACAUUAUCAGUAUCAGUGAUCUGAUUUGUGCUAUUCAAAGAAUUCAAAAAAUAUCAGAUGAUACAAGACUUCAGAGAAUUGCCGAUGUUCUUGACCAGAUGGACGUUGACCAUGAUGGAGCCGUGGAAUUAGAUCACGUUCUUAAGGUAAUUGAAUUACUAGGGAACCAGGAUGUAAAGGUUAGUGUUAAACAGAUGAAAGAAAUAAUUGAACUUCUGGCUAAAGAAGAAACUCUCGAAUUGGUCAAGAAAGUUGAAAAGGAGCAAGUAAGACUUCACAGUCAAUCCCCCGAAAAAGCCAGUACCAAUCACGGAGAAACUUUUGGAAAGGAGGUUGAGAAGAGGAGUAAGGAGGUUGAAGAGCAAAAAUGACAUUAGUGAAUAAUAGUUUGUAUGUAUGUCCAUAAAUUUAUAUUGUAUACUAUCUGUUCAUGUUGGUUAUAAAUAGCUUAUUAUCAUCUAGCAUAUAUAUAUAUAUAUAUAUCCACUGAUAUGAUGUGAGGAAUGUAUUAUACUGAUUGUAGAGUCAAAAAUACAUGCAAAUGUUUAACAAUAAUUUUAAUUAAAUUGCUACAUCUUGAUUAAUAGGUUAUGUACAGUAAAAAGUUACAAAUAAAAUGAUUAGAUUACGUUUUCUUCCUUUCUUAUAGUCGAAGAUAUUUAAUUGAAAAGUCCCCUACAACAUCUACUUUUCUUAUUUCUUAAGCCCACACUGGUUCAGCAGUAAACCCGAGGGCUUAUAACCAUAAAAAUCAGGUUGUGAUACCCAUGGCUGGCAGAGAACAGAUAGCCAAUAAUGUGGCCUUGCGGCAAUUAAAACUUGCUUCGUAAACGGUCCGAAAAAAGGUCGUAAGGCUUGUAACUCCCCACUUUGAAACCGGGAAGAUUUACGUUACUGCUGCUCCUUGGGCACUUGUACCAGAUCUUUCCAUUGAAAGAUAACCUGAAGAAUAAGGAUUUCGUGUCUAAUGUCAAACUUUGGCUGGUACUUCCUUUACCAGUGUUUGGGGAGAAGUUUUAACUUGGAAAAACUUGUCCUCAACUAUAUGCACUGAUCACGAUAUCAAGGAUGAAUAUACAUCAUAUGACUAGUGUUUUUAAAUCUUAUCUCAAUUUAGGCUCCAAAUUCCUGUUGUUUUUUUUUAAUAACAUAAAAAAUCUUGGAGUAAUGACAUACCUCCCAGUAAGUCCAUUAACACCUUAUUUUGAAAGUGGUCCUAUUUUUUUUUAUAUAUGAGAGUUAAAGUUCUACAUGUAAUGGUAAUAAGAAAAGCAAGAUGAUAAAUAUAUAUAUAUAAGAGACCUAUUUGGUCCUAAUAAUAAACAUCUUAUGUUUGA